AUGUACUAUUAUUACCCCACUUUACAGAUGCAAAAACUGAGGCACAGAGAGGUUAAUUAGAGCCAGCAAGGGAUAGAACCUGGAUUUCAGCCUUGGUGGUCUAAUUCCAGAACUAACCCUCUCAGCUCAGGCACCAAGCUCCAUUUGGAGGCAGCACUCCGUGGUCAGAGGUUGUCCUCCAGUGCCCCAGUCAGCUCAGCUGAGACCAAAGCCAUUCACCCCUCCACCCAGGGGCUCGCCUUCCCCAUCCAUCACCAGGGCCCAGUGAUCUCACCUGUCGAUGCCCAGCUCCCACUUGAUGUCUCAGUUCCGGAAAAGAGAUGCUCCAGCUGCUACCUAGGAAGGAUCUGGCCCCCAAAAUAUUUAGUUAGCAGCCAUUCAGUUAAAUGGAAUUGA